GAUAACUUCGACGCAGGACGGCGCCAUGGCAGACGAACGGCACCACCAGCUUCAACAACAGCAACAGCUUCACGGGUCCUGCAGUUGCGAGCGCUUCCGAUAUGUCAUCAAUGUCCGUCCAGAGAGCAGCAACCUCGCCCGCGUCUUCUUCGACAACUCCUCCGCCAGCAGAAGAGCGCAAGCCGCUCCUCUCGCCGCCUGGCUUCGCAUUCCGUUCGAUUGGUACCACUCCACCACCUACGCCUACUAUGACAACGAGAGCCACAGCUCUAUUAAGAAGACAUACCACACUCCAUCACCGCCGCACUCUCUCCUCCCCCCAACGCGAAGGCAGUUUUGCGGCUACUGUGGAACCACGCUUACCGCAUGGAACGAAGGCACGCAUGCUAGCGGCCAUGGAAGCACCAGUUCAGACUACCUGGACGUCACGCUUGGCUCGCUCCUAGACGAGAGUCUUGAUCAGUUAGAGGCGCUCAGAAUCUUGCCUGCUGAUGUGGAUUCUGACGAGUCGGAGGGGGAGUUGCAAGGAACUGCUGCAGGUAUGAGAGACACCAGCCUUGAGGAACUGCCAUCAGCAUGCGCGUCAGUGCCACGGACAUUAUCGCAAGCUGGCGAGUCACACUCGAUUCACCGUAUGAGUGAUCGAGGCAUGCCGUUUUUCGAAGAACUCAUCGAGAAUAGCCGUCUCGGACGCAUUAGAAGGCAACGCGGUGGUCAGACUGCACGCGAUGGCUCUUCGACUAUUCAGUGGGAGGUCAUUGAAACCAUCAUUGGAAGUGACGAAAGUCCAACAAGCACAGGACACGCUUCAUCUCCGAACAAGCGCCAAAGAGUGGACUAGUAGCGAUGACCGGAGCUUGCGCGGGAGGCUCUUGCCUUUCAUCGAGCAGGACGCUCGCUUUCGAAGCUUUACUAAAGCACACAACUGUAGCGAGCUCUGUCUGAGACUCUUACAAGCAUCAUCGCGUGUUAUGCCAGUGGUAUGGCGUGGCGUGGUAUGGCCUGACGUAGGUGUGAGACUCUGGCCCGUGGGCAUCGCUUUAAUCCAGAUAGAACAGGAAUUCCAGUGUGUUUGACUUAGAAGCCUAGAUUGCACGCUGGUUCUUGUUGAUGCCAUGUCUUCCCGAGGCUCCGCGAAAAUGGUUGCUACCGCUGCACACGGUCUUAUUCCUCCGCUGCAUAAGGUACAUGUACUUCGUAGAAAUGCUAAAAGUGAUGCAACGCAUUACAAUGUUGAGAUGCUAAUCUCGCUAGGCCCCGUUCUGGGAUGCCGUCUAAUUGACAGUCUCGGAGUAGUGUAAGCAUUGAGAGACCGGCAAAGACCUCUUUUCCUUGGCCGUCUUAAUGGUGUAAGA